UGUGUGUCUCAAUGUGAGUGUAUGCGGAAGCGGAGAUAGAGAGGGAGAUGGAGGUGUAGAGAACUCAAAUCGACUUAUUAAAAGUUGUUGAAAACGCUGUAGUGCCUCACAUUUCGGGACAUUUUAGCGAAAACACUGCACUUGUGAAAUAAGGACUUCUCCUUAUUGGAUCAGCUGGUUCAAAAAAAAAAAAAAAAAAAAAGUGAAACUGUCAAAUCUGGAGCUGGAGCCAUGGCCAAAACGUACGAUCAUCUGUUCAAGCUGCUGCUGAUCGGAGAUGACGGCGUCGGGAAAAAGGACAUCCUCUUCAGAGUCACGGGAGACACGUGCAACACAACCUUUAUAACCACUAUGGGUGCUGACUUCAAAAUCAAGACAGUAGAGUUGGACGGUAAGAAAAUCAAACUUCAGAUAUGGGACACAGCGGGUCAGCAGCGCUUCAAAACAAUAACGACGGCCUAUUACAGAGGAGCUAAUGGCAUCAUGUUGGUGUACGACAUCACCAACAAGAAAUCCUUCGACAGCCUGCAGGACUGGAUCAGAGACAUGGAACAACACGCCUCCUCAGACGUGGAGAGAAUAAUUCUGGGAAACAAUUGUGACCUGGACGACAAGAGACAGGUGUCCAAAGAAAGUGGAGAGAAGUUGGCGACGGACUAUGGACUAAAGUUUUUGGAGAUCAGUGCAAAGUCCGGCAUCAAUGUAGAAGAGGCCUUUUUUACUCUUGCCCGGGACAUCAUGACGAGACUCAACAGCAGGAUGAAUGACAAUAACGCGCCCGGCGAUGGAGGUCCAGAGAAUGUUUCACGAUGUUUGCUUACGUAGGCGGAGUCCUCGUGGCGUAUGGGCCUUUCUUGACAGCACACAAUGCCACAAAACAAAAGACUUGUUGAACUUUCUGGAAUUUUGCGUGGAACAUUUCACUGUGUUGAGCGCUGAUGCUUCAAACAAACAUUAACAACAAAAUGGAGACUGUUAGGUCACACCAAAGCCAGUGAUUAUUGUUAUCUAUUUUAUUUGUUGCCCUUUUCUGCCAUUUUUAAUUAAAGGUGCAUUGUGUAA